UCAAGUAGCUCGUUGAUGAGAAGCGUUAAAAGAAGGAUUGAGAGGGGUUCUGAAAGAAUUAGUAGGAGAAAACCAGUUCUCGUCCAUCGUGUAACAAAAGAUCAAUCUGUUGCAUCAAACAAGAGAGUUCUUGAUCCUCAGGGUCAAUUUCUUCAGAAAUGGAACAAAGUAUUUAUAUUGGCUUGUAUAUUUGCGGUGUCACUUGAUCCGUUAUUCUUCUACAUUCCUGUUAUUGAUGACAAAAAUAAGUGCCUAGAUUUGGACAAGACGUUAAAGAUCACUGUUUGCGUUCUGCGUUCUAUCACUGAUCUUUUCUAUAUCUUUCACAUUAUCUUGAAAUUUCGUACUGGCUUCAUUGCUCCUUCUUCUCGAGUUUAUGGAAGGGGUGAGUUGAUUGAAGAUUCCUCUGCUAUAGCCAAGCGAUAUUUGUUAUCGUAUUUCAUCGUUGACGUUGUAGCAGUCCUUCCACUCCCACAGAUUGUGAUAUGGAUUAUCGCUCCCAAUGUGAAUGGCCCCAUUGCUCUGGCGACGAAAGAAAUGUUGAAGAUUGUAAUUUUUGCUCAAUGUGUUCCAAGAUUUUUUAGAAUUUAUCCAUUGUCCAAAGAAAUAGAAAGGACUACAGGCUUCUUUAAUGAAAGUGCAUUGGGUGGAGCUGUUUUCAACAUUUUCCUCUACAUGUUGUACAGUAAUGGAAUUGGAGCCUUUUGGUAUUUGUUCUCAAUAGAACGCCAAGAUACAUGCUGGCGCAAUGCGUGUGACAAGAUCCCCAACUGUUCGUCAGACUACUUAUAUUGUGGAGGAAAAAUGAAUGGAAAUGCUUUUUUACUGAACUCUUCUUGCCCUCUCCUGCAACAAGAAGAUAUAAAAGAUCCAAAUGAAUUUGAUUUUGGAAUCGCACUCGAUGCUCUUCAGUUUCAGGUUGUUGAGAAAAGAAAAUUCCGGAGCAAACUCUUGUAUUGCUUUUGGUGGGGGCUGAGAAACUUAAGUUCUCUUGGCCAAAACCUUAAGACAAGCACCUUUGAUGGAGAUAUUAUCUUUGCCAUCUUCAUCUCAGUUAUUGGGCUUGUCUUGUUUUCCUUGAUUAUUGGCAAUAUGCAGAAAUUUAUGCAAUCUAAUCUGGUUAGAGUAGAAGAGAUGAGAGCGAGAAGGCGGGAUAUCGAACUGUGGAUGUCUCAUCGCAUGCUUCCUGACAAUCUGAGAGAGCGAAUAAGAAGACAUGAACAGUACAAAUGGCAAGAAACUAAGGGAGUUGAGGAAGAUUCACUCAUUCAAAAUCUUCCUAGAGACUUGAGGAGAGAUUUAAAGCGACAUCUCUGUUGGUCUUUUCUCAAAAAAGUUCCCAUAUUUGAGAAAAUGGACAAACAAUUACUGGACGCAUUGUGUGACAGACUGAAACCAGCACUCUUCACAGAUAAGAGCUUCAUAAUGCGAGAAGGCGAUCCAGUAGAAGAAAUGCACUUUCUAAUGAGAGGUACACUGUUAACUAUGACCACAAAUGGUGGAAGGACUGGUUUUUUCAACUCUGUUCAUCUCAAGGCUGGCGACUUCUGUGGAGAUGAGCUUUUGACAUGGGCUUUAGACCCUCAUACUUCCUCCAGUAGUCUUCCAAUUUCAACUAGAACAGUGCAGGCUGUAACUGAUAUAGAAGCUUUUGCACUCACUGCCGAUGACCUCAAGUUUGUCGCCUUACAAUUUAAACGUCUGCAUAGCAAACAACUUCAGCAUACUUUCAAGUACUACUCACAACAAUGGAGGACAUGGGCUGCACGCUUUAUACAAGUAGCAUGGCGUCGACACUUCAGGAAAAAACUCAAGAAAUCCUUAAGAGAGGAAGAAGAUAAACUGCAGGUUGCAUUAGCUAAAGCGAGCACAAAUGCAUCAAGUCUUGGAGCUACCAUAUAUGCAUCAAGGUUUGCAGCUAAUGUACUACGCACCUUGCGACGCAACAACACAACUGGUACCAAAUCAUCUCCCACAUUACCUUUACUGCUUCAUAAACCAGCUGAACCAGAUUUUAGUGAGAAAAAAUGACUCAUGAACUAGAAAUGUUGGAAUAU